AUCAAAUUUGCUACGGAUGUAAUCUGCAGUGUAAUGCUUUUCAUCGACGGGACCAUUGGACAGCAAGAUGUCAUCGGAAUCUGACCCCGGGACAGAGGAGCGAACACCCCUGCUUCGAGGUAGAGUUCGCACGACAAAGCCUGCAAUAAUCACCAACUGUAACGAUAUUACAUUCGACAGUGUUAUUGCAAGACUAUACCUCAACCCAUGUCUGCUGCAUCAGGAGGAAACAACUCGCGUCCCAAAGGAUUUGGAACUCCCUCCAACGGUAAAGGCCAUUCGGAACAUAAUCUCGUGGAAUCUCGCAAAUGGGGCGACCGCAGGGGAACCCCUAUUUGAAUCAUUUCAUGGCGGUGAACUGAGUUUGUGCGGAAGUGUGGCAGAGGGAACCAAAGUAGGCGGAGCUGAUGAGUUUGAUUUCCAAUACUUGUUAACUGUCGAAGGUUUAUAUGUCGCUUCCAAACGUCUCCUUCGGACGAAGCCUUGCGCAGCCAACCGGGAGAGUCACUCGUUCUUCAGCUUACAUUUAGAUGAGCAGGAGAUAAUGGCCUCAUCAAUCCAGGAUAGGUUUCUAAAUGUCGUUAGGGAAUUACUGCAGCAAAUCAUUGACGACUUUGAAAUCAAGAAAGCAGGCCCAGCAGUUAAGAUAUCAUACAAGGAUGAUAAAGAACGAACCAUAAAGAUAGACUUGACCUUAGGUCUGAGGGCUGCUGAUGAACGCAUUGAGCACGUACUGACCCCUUUGGCAAUAGACUUGGACAGGGAAGGACGCUUCAAGUGUCACUACGUUGCUGCCCAUGACUACUGGAAGAUUUGCUUUGUGGACACCGAACAGGACUUACUUCGGGAAAUCACUGAAGACGAUGAAAUAAAGGGCGCCGUCUAUCGUAUCAUUAAGCUUCUUCGUGAUGAGGCCGACAUCAAAGAUCCUUACGGCGACGGCAUCCUACCAUCCUACCCAAUCAAGGUCACUUUCUUGGACAUUGCCCAUCAAGAUCACACGAGAGGCAUCAAGUGGUCGAUACAGGAUAUCACGUUCCACGUGAUCAGGAUACUACGGGAAGUAGAGUGCCGAGGCCUGAACCGUUCACUUUGCAAUCUCUUUCUGGAAGGGGAUGACGUCAUGUCGGAAGCAGACAGAUCCUACUUGGAAAGCAGACGGCUUUUGAAGGAGCUAAAAGCUAAAGAAAGAUUCUACGUAUCUCUGCGCUGUCGACAAGUUUGUUUCAUGACUUUGUUGGCAAUCAACGUGUUCAGUUUAUUGGUAUUAAAUAGAAUAAGCGACGAAGGCAGCGAAUCUAUCUUCGGUGACACUAGGGUAUUCAGAUUAUUUGCCAACGGGUUCUACCCGAUAAUCUGUACCAUAUUGUGCUUGGAUAGUCUCCAACUUUGGAUCAUAAAAGCAGAGCGUGUUUUCAUUCUUUAUCCUUUUUGGCCUUUAAGUUGUCUGUGUAGCAUAUUGUUCCAGCAAAUUCCUCAAUAUGUUGCCGGAAUGUUGAAGUUAGACACCCCUGUUGAACAUAAUCUUUGGCGGGUUUACGAUUUCUCUUCUUUUUUUCUUUUCGUAAUAAUUUACGGUAUUGUAUUUUGGCACUCAUGCCGUGGUUUUUACGAGCGAAAGUCAUUUUUAGUUCUUGAUGCAUCAGCUCUCUACCUUAACACUAUUUGUCCAUACAAAUGGAAGUCCCCUAGUGGUAAUAUCAAAACGUACACACCCGAAAUUGGAGACUUUAACAAAAAGAUAAGAACUGUUUACUUCUUAUCAAUAUUUCUAUCUAGCUUGACUCUUAUUUUAUCAGGUUUUGUCUUUGUCAUUUUAAUUGGUGUAAAUUUUAACUGGUUUUCGGAUUCUGAAUCAACCAUCAUUGAUAUCAUCGACGGAAAGGAUUCAGCGAGGGCGAUUUGCAUAGCAAUAAUUCCAGUGGCGGUAAUUUGUGUAAUAUUUUCUCUUUCAAUGAUUUCUUACAUAUCACAACGUAAGUCACUGAUAAAAUAUGCCCAAGGUAAUCUAUAGGAGCAGGACCAUCAUGAUGACUAAACUUUGUCGUGUGAUGAUCGACAUUCUUAGAUAAUAAGACUCGAGGACAAAACAGAAGCUAUAUAGGGGGUCGAUUGACGGUCUCCCGAAAGAAAAGAAGAAGUUCAUCUCUUUUAAUUUCGCCUUUUCUCCCUUUGUCUGCUUUUACCAAAGCAGGUCAGGUUUUGUUGUAUUCGUUGACAUUUUUUACCUUUCCACUGGCAUCAAUAUAAGCAUAAUGUCCACUUCCCGUGGUGUGAUCGCCCGCGGGACCUGUCCCAGAAGUCGUGGUCGGCCCAGUGUUGAUCUCCCAGUCAUAGUCAUCCUCCUGGAUCUGUUCUAAGCCGCAGUCUUCUAUGCUUUUCUCGAAAUCACAAGACACUGUGAAGUCCACUGAAAAAAGUAAUGGUCUUGGGUCAUAGCAAAGCGGUUGGGUACACUCCUAUUUAAAAAAAUGGUUUUAGCUUUAGAAAAACCUGUAAGCCUUUAAAACCUCUACGUCUACAUGGUGCGCAUCUGUUGGUACUUAAAAUACCGUGUCUUGUAAGAGCACGGCGUAUUAAGGUCUCGGGUCAUAAAAAACAGGUAGGUUUCGUGACACUGACAGGCAAAACAACGUUUCAACACCUUAUGAAGAAAUCCGAAUAUUUAGAUGUUUUUUAGUCAAUAAACAAGAAGCACACACUCAGGAUUUAAAACGACUCCUCUUGGGGGUAUAUUCUUGGGUGUUACAGGCCUUAUUGCUAUCAAAGAAGCUACAUGAUACAUCGUUCUGUACUAUGGCUUCGGUAGUGUUUCUGCAGUAGUCCUUACCUUUCGUACAGGCACCAGAUGCAAGCGAUAUGUCAUCAAUUGCUAAAUCUCCCAAAUGUCCAGAACCACGAACCCCCAUAAAUGCAACCUGCAAAAUUGAUGCUCGGAACUGAGUGAGCUUAGAUUUAUACUAAGUAUUUUUGCAUCUUAUCGUCGAAAUGAUGUUAAUGGUAAAUCUUUACUUGAUAUAUAACGAUCAGCGUCAACCAAAGUGUAAAUAAUGUAGUCGUGUGAAAUUUGCCUAGAGUAGGUUAACAUAAACCCAACUAUUAUUUCUGCGCACAUCUUCCAUCCCCGGGAUAAAGUGUAUCCCUUCUGCACUUGGAUCGUAUGUUUCCCUUCGCACAUUUCAUCUUGAAUAAAUCGAAUUACUGUACAUGUAUGACU